UUUAACGUCAAGGUCAAAUUGAGGCCACAUUGUAUUGCGUGUUAGUAUCAUGCCUUAACGCAAGCAAUGACUGUCAGCUACGGCAGUCUCAUAGCAACCGUCAAGUAUGGGUCAUUUUUCCGUCUGCUUUUUCGAUGGCGUGGAAGUCUUUAUAAAUUAGUAUGGCCCGGUUUACUAGUUUACUGCUUCUUUUACGCCGUUGUAGCGAUCGCUUAUCACUCCAUACCAGAUAAACCGGAAUAUCGGAAUGCCAGGCUUCUUUUUGUCCAAAUUUGCUACAUUGCUGGACGUGUAACAAAUGCUGUCCCAUUAUCCUUCGUUUUGGCAUUUUAUGUGAACUUGGUAGUUAGUCGAUGGUUGCAGCAGUUUCUUUGUUUACCAACUCCUGAUGCGAUAUGCGUACUUUUAUCAGCCUAUUUGGGUGAAAAUCCUAAUCUCAACGAUCACAAAAAAGCAGAAGACGGCGAAGAAAGAGCGUUGAUUUUCAGGAGGACCAUUAGCCGUUACGUCAACUUGGCUUCUGCUUUAUGCUUUUGCUCAAUAUCUAUUGGUAUGAAACAACGAUUCCCGACUCUUGAUAGUUUGGUCAUAUGUGGCUUAAUGACUGAACAGGAACUAGAAAUUUAUUCCAGUUUGGAAGAAUCAACAAGCAACUUUUUCGUUCCAUUGGUAUGGGCCAUUUCUCUGAUUACGAAAGCUCACGAAGAAAAUAUGAUACGCGAAGAAAGACAUGUGGAUGCAUUAGUCAAUCAGGUGGUAGAGUUUUGGGAAAAGUUGUAUAAACUGUGCAUGUAUGAUUGGGUGAAUGUACCUUUAGUUUACAAUCAGGAUUUGCUCAGGUGGUGUAUAAUUGUACUGAAAUAUUUUACCUCCAAGCUGGACGAUCAUAUAUCUAUGUUCCAUAAGUUAGUGACAACAGUUGUUUGGGUUGUAGCUCUGGCUGUGUACAUUUACUUUGCUGUUACAAUUUUCGGUCAUCAGUUUAUUGAUGCCCCUUUAAUCCUACCGCAUAUGUCAACCAAAGUCAAUUCAUCUAAUUUAACAUCUGUCAGCAAUAAUAAUGAUGUCAGUAGUGGUAUUCUCAACAAUCCUGCCAAUGAUACAAAUAUCACUAGUGGUUUAUCAUUUCCUAGAGUAUUACCAAAUAUCCCAGUAUUCACAAUUCUUUCUUUUAUUUUUUACAAUGGCUGGCUUAAAGUAGCUGAAUCACUUGUUUCACCGUUCGGUUUAGAUGAUGAUGAUUUUGAAGUUGUUCCAUUGUUGGAAAGAAAUUUAAAUACAAGUUUAUAUUUUGUAGAUACAUGUAUUUCCGAUUCGAAUUUAAUCCCUGAAUUAGUUAAAUCUGGUUGUAAAAUCGAUAUUGAAACUGAUGAUGAUGAUCAUACUGAUGGUACUGCUGUCAGUGAUUCAGAUUAUUAUAGUCGACUUAAUAUCCCUGGUAGUCGUCAAAGAAGAAUUAGUUCAAAGUCAAAAGGUGGUAGUCGAAGAGGCAGUUUUCUGUCACCUAAUUCGUAUGAUGAAAAUGAUCUAUCAACACCUCAUACUUUUGAAUCACCUAUGGAUAAUGAAUCACCUUGGCCUGAAUUACCACCUACUCGUCAACGUAAACCGUCACAUACAGCCUUUAUUGGAUCAUUGGAAGUAGCUGAAGCUACAAAAGAAGGUAAUUUAAAGUUGUCUCCUUCACUACGCUCUUUAACACCUGAUCAACAGAGUCCACAUUUACAUCCUGAUACAUUAAUUACUUCAGUAGGAUCAUCAUUUCACCGUUUAGGAUCUAAAAUUAAAAAAUUGUCAUUCAGUCGAUCAAAUACUCCAACUACUCAUGAAUUAAAUAAUCUUAAUACAGAAAUUUUAAGUUCAGAUCGUUCAGAUAGUGUUGUAUCAAGUCAAGAUAAAUUUAAUUCUAAAGAUGCUUAAAAAAUUAAAUAUAAAAAAGAUGAAACUGCUUAUAUUCCAAAUUUUUUCUCUUGCCUACCUUUUUGUCAUCUUGUUAAUAUUUUCCAUUCAAGCAUUUGUUCGGUUUCUGUAUGUUUAUUAUAAAGUUAUCAUAUAAAACAUCGACACAAACAAACAUUACCUCAUGUGUUUGUUUUUCCUUUUACAACCUUAUGACUGUGUUAUGAUUUACUAUUACUAACUUCAGUUGUAUUUAAACUGAAAAUAACGUGUAUGCUUCAACAUAGUCUUCAUCUUCUUAAAUAAACUUGUAUUUGGGAAAAAGCAAUUGCGCAAUCAGUUCACAUUCCUCACCUAUUAAUUGUUCCUUGUCUUCAUCCUGUUGUAAUUUUUCUGAGAAAAAUCAGAAAUGGCAUUAUUUUCUAAAUUAUUUUAAAUAGUUUAAUGAUAUAUAGAGACUUUUUCAAACCGUACAUUAUGUAUAAUAAAAAAACUUUUUUGAAAUUU